AUGGGCGAGGAUGCGUCUGCGGCCAGUGGCACUGGUGGGCUGGAGCGCACACGACUGGCAUACACGCUAGCGGGCGCGUUUGGUGGCUGUGUUGCUGGACCUGCAGUGGACAUUGUGCUGUAUCCAAUUGACACAGUGAAGACUCGACUGCAGAGCGCACAGGGCUUCUUCAAGGCAGGUGGCUUCAAGGGCGUGUAUCGAGGCCUCUCAUCGGCGGCACUGGGAUCGGCUCCAGCAGCGGCAUGCUUCUUUGCGAGCUACGAGGGCACCAAGGCCAUCAUGGCUGGGUUUGUGCCAGACGACUACGCCGUUGUUCGGGAAAUGACGGCGGGGUCUGUCGCAGAGAUGACAACCGCUGUGGUGCGGAUGCCGUUCGAGGUGGUGAAACAACAGUUGCAGGCGCACGUGCACCCGACCACGUCCGCCUGCGUCUCACAUAUCCUCAAAACCAAGGGGCUCCCGGGCUUCUGGGAAGGCUACGUAUCCCUCGUCAUGCGUGAGAUCCCGUUCUCCUUCAUUCAGUUCCCGCUGUACGAAUCCCUCAAGCGCGGCGUUGCACGCCUGGAGAAGGUGGAGGUGAAGGACCUGCCUGCGUGGCAGGGGUCCGUGUGCGGCUCCAUCGCUGGCGGCAUAUCCGCUGCUGUCACAACGCCGCUAGAUGUCGUCAAGACGCGCAUCAUUCUCCAGCAGAACACGGACAACGUUCCGCGCGCGCUGGUGCACAUCUACCAGCGCGAGGGCAUCAAGGCCCUCUUCGCUGGUGUUCUGCCCCGCACGGCGUUCAUUGCGCUCGGAGGCGCUAUCUUCUUUGGCGCGUUUGAGAAGGCCAGGAAAGUGUAUUGGACCCUGCACGACAAGUUUGCAUAG